AUGGUGCAGGCGUGCCUGCUGGACGCCGGCGACAUGAACGUUAUCGCCGUGGACUGGCGGUUCGGCGCGCUGCCCAUGUACCAGCAGGCCAUGGCCAACACGCAGCUGGUGGCCAUGGAGACAGCGCACCUUAUCCGCUGGCUGCAGAGCAGCCACGGCCUGAACGUGUCGCGCGUGCAUAUCAUCGGGCACAGUCUAGGCGCGCAGACGGCUGGGUACGUGGGCGCCGGCGUGCCAGGUCUGGGCCGCGUCACCGGGCUGGAUCCAGCCGAGCCCGGCUUCCAGCACAUGUCGCCGGUGGUGCCGCUCGACCCCCGGUGA